AGCAGUUUGAAACAAUUCCACAGCUUUGCUCAUUCACUCUCUCACUUGGGACUAAUGCACAGGGAUGAAUACCUAUUGAGGAAAACCACAAGGACUUCAACCAGAUACUAAGGGAAAAAGAGUUUCGUUCCACAGUCAUCAGGUCAGUCACUCCUAACUUCAGUCACCUUGUGUCUGCUGAAAUGGAGACUGUGCACUCUACAUUUCUCCUGCUACUCUUCGUGCCUCUGACACAGCAAGCACCACAGUCGCAGCUGGACUCACAUGUUAACUAUGAGUAUGCAACAGGCAAUUCUGAAGAAACCAAAUUUAGCCAGGAUUAUGAAGAUAAAUACCUGGAUGGGAAAAGUAUUAAGGAAAAAGAAACUAUGAUAAUUCCUGAUGAGAAAAGUCUUCAGUUACAAAAAGAUGAAGUUAUACCAUCAUUACCAACCAAGAAAGAAAAUGAUGAAAUGCCCACAUGCCUGUUGUGUGUCUGCUUAAGUGGCUCUGUCUACUGUGAAGAAGUUGACAUUGAUGCUGUACCACCAUUGCCAAAGGAAUCAGCUUAUCUUUAUGCACGAUUCAACAAAAUUAAAAAGCUGACUGCCAAGGAUUUUGCAGACAUGCCAAACCUAAGAAGACUUGAUUUUACGGGAAAUUUGAUAGAAGACAUAGAAGAUGGGACUUUUUCAAAACUUUCUCUGUUAGAAGAACUUACACUUGCUGAAAACCAACUACUAAGACUUCCAGUUCUUCCUCCAAAGCUUACUUUACUUAAUGCCAAACACAACAAAAUCAAGAGUAAAGGAAUUAAAGCAAACACAUUCAAAAAACUGAAUAAACUCUCUUUUCUCUAUUUGGACCAUAACGACCUGGAAUCUGUGCCUCCUAAUUUACCAGAAAGUCUACGUGUAAUUCACCUUCAGUUUAACAGCAUAUCUUCACUUACAGAUGAUACAUUCUGCAAGGCUAAUGACACUCGUUACAUUCGGGAGCGAAUUGAAGAGAUUCGCCUGGAGGGCAAUCCAAUUGCUCUGGGAAAGCAUCCAAACAGUUUUAUCUGCUUAAAAAGAUUACCCAUAGGGUCAUACUUCUAACCCCAUCAGUGCAGCUUAUAACCUAAGGUACAUGUGCCUAAUGUCUAAAGGAACAGAAACAUUAGUUUAACAUUACCGUUUUAUCUCACUAUGAUGGAAGUUUAUGUUUAAACAAAGUGUCCAAAAUUGUUGUAUGUGACUACAAAAAUAAUCCAGCCUGAAUCUCUUAGUUCAAAACAAAAUACUGUGAAACUAAACAGCAUUAAGGGUCUCCUUGUUGUUAUACCAAACCACUAUCUAAAUAGCAUGCUUUUACACAGACACUUGCUUGAGAUACACCAUUCCCAUGACUAAUGAAGUAAGAAAAUUCCAAGAAACUUGCAACUGUUUGUCUUUUUUAGCAUUUACUGUAUCUCAAAAGCAUUUAAGACAGAGGUUCCAGAACCUGUGCAAAGCCAAGUGCUCCCAGUGACCUUCCACUGACUCUGAUUCAUCAGCAUUCUUUGUAAAGCAGAAAUGUACUUUCUGUCAAGGCAGCUACUUCACUGCAUUUCUCACUUAGCCCAAGGAAAGGGACAACACACGCAAGCAAACAUUUCCAGAGAAGGGAAAAUUUUACUCUUUGGUACAGAGCCAAUUUAGAAAAGUUCAAUUUUCUGCUUUGUGGUCACAUGGAUAGCCUUUAGUCAAUUACUUAAAAAACUUUGUUAAAAAAAAAAAGUAAAAAUCCUACCCAUUUCUCAAAGGAUAAUAAGGUUCCUUCACCUUAAAGAUUCUCAAAUAUGAAAUAAUUGUAAACUUUUUCACAGUAUAGGAGUUUAUUCAAAUAUAGGAAAUGAAAACAAAGUCUACACCAUUGUGCUGUGUGCAGCUUCACCUGUAUAUGUUCACCCAAACAAACUAAAUAUGCUCAUUCCAGCCCAAGAGCACCAUUUCUCAAUGACCAUGGUUUCCAGAUACAUGUAAUAGUGAAAACCCAAUCUCACAAUGCAGAUUAAAGUUCCAAAACUAAGCUUCAGAGGAAGGUGCACAGACCACUCACAAAUAUUACUCUACAUAUUACUUGGAGUUGAACAUAAAAUGAUCAGCGUUUUAGAAAUAUUCAUCUUUUAUACAUAAAAGUACCAAUAUCAUUUCUAUUAUAAGUUUUACAUUAGACUCUCCAUGUUCUUCCCAGAAUAUUCAUUUUAAGUUUGGUGGUUUUGUUCCAACCCAGAUUGACCCCUGUCUCCUCUGUUAAGGGUGAUGAAACUUUUCAUUAAAGCAUCUGUGAACUGUAAGGCCACAACUAUUGCUCUAAUAAUGUCAACUAGCUCAUUCAUUUUUAUAAGUUAAUUACAGUAACUUUAUCCCACUGUAUUAUUUUGUGUCCAUGACUCAUUUUCUCUGUGACUGAACGCUCACCAAGAGCACUGAACACAGUUCUAUUUUUAUGAUACUUAAUAGCAUAUUUGAGUUAAAUAUACAAUAAACAUUGUGAAAUCUAUCCAAGUAGAAGGGUUCUGUUUAUAUGGAAAAAACAAGUUAGUAUAAUCUUGAAUAAAUCAACAGAAAUAAAGCGACAAGAUUGAGAAUGGA